AUGCUUGAUGACACGAGCGCUUUAGUCGCCACCCUCCAUGAAAACCUAGCCUGUUGUUCCAAGUUGAUUGAAGCAAGCGACUACACCAAUUCGGAGCAAUCGAUUGCUGAGCUCGUUGAUUUCCUUGAUUCGCUCUCCAAUUCCCUAAUAUCCGAAGGACGUCAGAAUGAUGCUUCUGAAAAAACCGCGAUUGAAAUCCUCACCCAAAUCCAUCAAUACAUGGCCUCACCGGAGGUUAAACAGGACAUUGUUGAUGCAUUGGCAUUUGAGUUGCCGAAGGCCGCAGCGAGAUUUGCCUGUGUAUCGACAAGGUGUUCGGAAGUUGCCGAAGGCGUAGUUGAUUUGUUUGUCAGCAGAUGUAGCCCUCGUGACAUGCUUUCAAUUAUUUGUGAGGCAAUAGGUUCUCCAAGUGAGCACUUCAUGGUCCCUGGCUAUUUUGUACCUCUUCUUAAUGGGCUCAUGAAAGUACUUGCUCUAAUACAGAGGCGGCACUAUGAGCAUGUAAAAACUACAGUUCCGGUCGUUCUUAAUGUAUUGAGGAUUAUUUGUUCGGAGCCAGACUAUGAGGAUACAGAUUAUGAGAAGGUGUUCCAUAAAGCAGCUGGCAUUGCCUGCUCUAUUAGAGCAAUAUUUGCAAAGUUGGAAGACAGGGACAGCAAGAAACUCAAUGCUAUAUUAGGCCUAUAUGUCUUGGAGAUCAUGGUUCUUGUUUCAGUUGGAAUGUCAAGUGACAUAUCAAGAUGUCUUCCUGUGGUGCUGGAGUUGUCUGACACUCUUCAGUAUUGUGAAUUGUCUUACAUUGGUUUAAUAACAGGAUUUGAGGUAGAUACAAUCAAUAAGCUAGUUGUGGGAGAAAUUACGGAUGAUAUAGUGGAUGCUAUGGAUUGCUUUUCUCAAGGCAAGCUUGGAGCAGCAGUUGCAGUAAUGUGGGGUUACAAGGCUAGUAAAGUUGCUGCAGCUGCCAGAGCUGAUUUGGCAGCUGUCACUGUGGAACUUCAAAGUAACUGGCGUAGAAGAUGGGAAGCAAUAGGCAUGUUGAGGUACAUAUUUUUAUGUGCCAAUUUGUCUUGGGAAUUGAAGCAGGACAGUAUGACAUUCCUUUUAAGCAUCAUGGAUGGCAUUGUAUCAAACUCAGAAGAUGAAGAUGUGGACUUCUCAAUGCAUAUACCAACUUUUUGUACCAGUUUGCAAGCUAUUCAGAUGGUCAUCAUGUAUGCUCCAGGUUCCGCACUGAGGAAAAAUGCAUUUAGUGCAUUUAAAAAGGUACUUGCAGACAUUCCAACAUCCGAGAGGAUGGAUAUCUUAAGGGCUUUGAUAAAGAAUAGUGACUCACCGUCUAUGAUUGGAAUACUUCUAAAUUGUGUCAAAGAUGAAAUGCACAUGGGAAAAUUUGAAAGAGACUUAUCAGCAAAUGCCGUCCCGAACGUUGAUAUUACUAGAUCCACAUUGCUUUGGAAUCCAUCUGUGCUUGAAUUGGUGGAAGAGGUACUAAGGCCUCCAGUGGGCGGGCCUCCUCCUUUUCCAGAGUACAGUGAUGCAAUUUUAUCGGCCCUUAAUCUCUUCAGAUAUAUUCUCAUUACAGAGUCAACAGGCAAGUACUCGAUCCAUAGAUGCACCUCAUUUGGAAACUCAAACUACACUGGGAUAGUAUCCAAGGAAAAUUUGCACAAGGCUUACAAUGAAUGGCUUCUUCCACUACGCACGUUAGUGACCUUUACUGCAGCCGAAAGCCAGAAAGAUCACGACGACCUAUUGGCGUGUGAUAUGAUGUGUGCUUUAAAUCCUAUUCAGUUGGUUUUGUACCGCUGCAUUGAACUUGUUGAAGAGAACCUGCAAAAGUUAUAA